GACACGUCCAAGCUUGUUUGUUAAGCUUGACGGUUUUGGUCAACACGGCUGAUCCGAGCCGAGCCGUGAUAGCAGGACUGCAGACACGAAGAAGAAGCUAAAGAAGCAUAAGAAGCCAGCGCGCUCGAGGAGAUUUAAUUUACCAUCUUCAAAACCUUAAAGUCUAUUUUAUUCAUUUGGAUAUUUAAACUGGCUGCUGGAUACUUUGAUUAUUUUCUCCUUCGCGUGAAUGUGUAUUAUUACGUGUUUGUUUGCGCGAGUGUGGACCUGUGACACGUGCAAUUUGUAAAGAAGAAAAGUCGAAGAGAAGAAGAAAUGGAGAAAUCAAACAGCUUCUCGUCCGACCGAAACAUCCUCUGCCUGUUUGAUGUGGACGGUACAUUGACAGCACCUCGAGAGAAAAUCGACCCAGAGUUGGAUGAGUUUUUCCAGACUCUGCGGAGGAAAGUGAAGAUCGGCAUCGUGGGAGGGUCCGACUACUCCAAGAUAGCUGAGCAGCUCGGGGAGGGGGAUGAUGUGAUACAAAAGUUUGACUAUGUCUUUGCUGAGAACGGGACAGUGCAAUACAAAGAUGGGAAACUCCUCUCGAAGCAUGCGAUACAAAACCAGAUCGGAGAGGAGCUGCUGCAGGACCUGAUCAACUUCUGCCUCAGCUACAUGGGGCUCAUCAAGCUGCCAAAGAAAAGGGGAACGUUUAUUGAGUUCAGGAAUGGAAUGCUCAACAUUUCCCCAGUUGGUCGGAGCUGCUCUCUGGAGGAGCGAAUUGAAUUCUCUGAAAUCGACAAGAGAGAGAAGAUCAGGGAGAAAUUUGUGGCUGCCCUGAAAGAGGAGUUUGCUGGAAAGGGACUACGGUUCACUAAAGGUGGUCUCAUCAGCUUUGACGUUUUCCCAGAGGGCUGGGACAAGAGACUGUGUUUAGAGCUGCUGGACAGCGAGGGCCUGGACGCCAUCUACUUCUUUGGCAACGAAACGUCAGACGGAGGAAACGACUGUGAAAUCUUUAACGACCCACGGACCAUCGGUUUCACGGUCUACUCUCCUGAGGACACGGCCCGGUUCUGUCGGGAGCUUUUCUUUAAGGCUCCACCACAUGAGCCCUGAUAUCCUGGAAUGCCCUGCACCCCC